UGGGCGCCGUCGCCUCAGCCGCCGCCGCUGCUCCAGUCGAGGGGGCCGGGCGGGAGGAGGCCGCCGGAGAGCCACGCGACGCCCCCUCGGCUCCGGCCGGGAAGUGAGCCAGGAUGAUUGAGGAAGGUGGGAACAAGAGGAAAACCAUGGCGGAGAAGAGACAGCUCUUCAUCGAAAUGCGUGCUCAGAAUUUUGAUGUCAUACGACUGUCAACAUACAGAACAGCUUGCAAGUUACGAUUUGUACAGAAGCGAUGCAACCUUCAUCUUGUUGAUAUCUGGAACAUGAUUGAAGCUUUCCGAGACAAUGGCCUUAACACACUGGACCAUAACACUGAGAUCAGCGUGUCCCGCCUCGAGACCGUCAUCUCCUCCAUCUACUAUCAGCUGAACAAGCGCCUUCCUUCCACCUACCAAAUCAGCGUGGGGCAGUCCAUCAGCCUCCUCCUCAACUUCAUGAUCGCCGCCUAUGACAGUGAGGGCCGAGGCAAGUUGACCGUAUUUUCAGUUAAAGCUAUGUUAGCAACCAUGUGUGGUGGAAAAAUGCUGGACAAAUUGAGAUACAUUUUCUCCCAGAUGUCAGAUUCCAAUGGCUUGAUGAUAUUUGGCAAGCUUGACCAGUUUCUGAAGGAAGCCCUGAAGCUCCCUACAGCUGUCUUUGAAGGACCAUCCUUUGGUUACACGGAACAUGCAGUCCGCACCUGUUUUCCACAACAGAAGAAGAUAAUGCUGAAUAUGUUUUUAGACACCAUGAUGGCCGAUCCUCCUCCCCAGUGCCUUGUCUGGCUACCUCUCAUGCACAGGCUUGCCCAUGUGGAGAAUGUUUUCCAUCCUGUGGAGUGCUCCUACUGUCACUGCGAGAGCAUGAUGGGCUUCCGGUACCGAUGCCAGCAGUGCCACAAUUAUCAGCUCUGCCAGAACUGCUUUUGGCGAGGCCAUGCCAGUGGCACUCACAGCAACCAGCACCAGAUGAAGGAGCAUUCCUCUUGGAAAUCCCCUGCAAAGAAGCUGAGCCAUGCAAUUAGUAAAUCUUUGGGCUGUGUACCCUCCAGAGAACCCCCACAUCCUGUUUUUCCUGAGCAACCAGAGAAACCACUUGAUCUUGCACACAUAGUUCCUCCUCGUCCUCUGACGAAUAUGAACGACACCGUGGUUAGCCACAUGUCCUCUGGAGUGCCCACUCCCACCAAGAGGUUACAGUGUAGCCAGGACAUGCCCAAUCUCUUGGCCGAUGAGCAUGCGCUGAUAGCCUCCUAUGUGGCCCGUCUGCAGCACUGCACACGUGUCCUGGACAGUCCUAGCCGGCUGGAUGAGGAGCAUCGGCUCAUAGCACGUUAUGCUGCCCGACUGGCUGCAGAGGCAGGCAACAUGACCCGUCCUCCCACUGACGCCAGCUUCAACUUUGAUGCCAACAAGCAACAGAGACAACUCAUUGCAGAACUGGAAAACAAGAACAGAGAGAUUCUGCAGGAGAUCCAGCGCCUACGGCUGGAGCAUGAGCAGGCUUCCCAGCCCACUCCUGAGAAGGCCCAGCAAAACCCCACGCUGCUAGCGGAGCUGCGCUUGCUGAGGCAAAGGAAAGAUGAACUGGAGCAGAGGAUGUCAGCACUGCAGGAGAGUAGGCGGGAGCUGAUGGUGCAACUGGAAGGGCUGAUGAAGCUGCUAAAGGAGGAAGAGCAAAAGCAGGCAGCUCAAGCCACAGGGUCACCUCACACAUCACCCACUCAUGGAGGUGGCCGCCCUAUGCCCAUGCCCGUGCGUUCCACGUCUGCAGGCUCCACCCCUACCCACGGCCCACAGGAUUCACUGAGUGGAGUUGGAGGAGACGUACAGGAGGCCUUUGCACAAGGUACAAGGAGGAACCUCCGCAAUGACCUGCUGGUGGCUGCUGACUCCAUCACCAACACCAUGUCGUCCCUGGUGAAGGAGCUUCAUUCAGGUUAGCCAAGGAAGCAGCCCGGACACGGGAAGCCCAGGGCAAGAAAGACUGCAUGGAAAAGAGGUGUGUGAGCACCGUCCAGUCCACUCCAUUGGUUCACGUGAAGGAGCCAAAGCCCACACUCAAGGACUUGGUGCCAGGACUGGAAUCACAUGGUGUUGCUGCCUCACCUUCCGACCUACGCCAGGAGUUAUGAGAAGCCGCAGUAGAGUUAGAUGAAAAGUCCUGCGCACUGUGGCGUGCUCUCUGCGGCCGGAGGCUUCCUCCCAUUCCUCUGCAUCCUCUGCCUGUCUCCUCUACCACACUUCCUCCCCUUCCAAACCCGCCACUGUGACCCAGUUUUUUUAUUCAGUGGGAGCACUUUCUACCCCUGUGACAUAAGCAGUGACCUCAGAAGACACGCACCCUCACCCUACCCCAACCCUGCCCACCAAAAGAGAAGAACUGAGGCCCCAACCUCCACUCUCCCUGCAGAUCUGCCGCUUCACAGCCAUUGGCAGCUUUGCCCUGAGCCCCCAGUGUGCUUGUGACUAACAGUCUGU